AUGUCUUCAGAUUUUGGCAAUCCUUUGAACAAAUUCAAGCUCUUAUUUGGCAAGACUUCCCUCAUCACCAGAUUUAUGUACGACAGUUUUGACAACACAUAUCAGGCGACAAUUGGCAUCGAUUUUCUCAGCAAAACAAUGUAUCUUGAGGUUCGUUUACAACUUUGGGACACCGCCGGACAGGAGCGUUUUCGAUCUCUUAUUCCUUCCUAUAUUCGUGAUUCUACAGUUGCUGUUGUUGUUUAUGAUAUUACAAACGCCAACUCUUUCCAUCAAACUUCCAAAUGGAUUGACGAUGUUCGCACUGAACGCGGAAGUGACGUUAUUAUUAUGCUUGUUGGAAAUAAGACUGAUUUGACUGAAAAACGGUUUUUUAUUUCUCUAAAGUCUAAUCUAGAAAUAAUUUUUUAG